CGUGCGUCGCCUGGUACCUGCGGCAGAAGGGCCCGGGGAGGAGAGGGCAGGGCAGGGAGCGGCCCGAGCCCGGCAAAACCAGCCAGGGGAAGGGGCAGGGAUGCUGCAGCCAGGACAGCCCCCGCGCGCCUGUAGCGGAGCCGAGGGAGGAGCCUUUUUCUCUGGGCCGGAGCGGAUGGAGGAGCGGGCUGAGCUGCUCCCCGACUUACUCCAGUAAGUCGUGCAAGACGCCCCGGGAGCCGGUGGAGGAGCGGGGGUUGCAGUAAGAGGUAACGAUCUGGAGGACAGGAUGGAGUGAGUGCACCCUCAGUGGAAAUGGGUGGGUUUGACUUCUGAUCAUCCAGAAGAUGGCAGAAGACAGAGGACAAGCAGAAACGGAUACAAACGUUGAGGCGGAAGAGUCGAUACUGCCUUCUCCAGAGACAGCAGAAGAUAAGAGGAGAGAUGCCAAUUCCAGCCUAAAGUACAUUAAGGAGAAAUGGGUCCCAAUUGCAGUUAGCCUGACCAUCACAAUUUUGCUCAUUAUCAUCAUUGCAUUGGUGGCCAGAAAAUCUCCACCCUGCCCUUCUUGCACUGCUGCCUGCCCAGACAACUGGCCUGGAUAUCAAGGGAAGUGUUUUCUCUUCUCAGACACAGAAGAGUCCUGGAACUCGAGUCAGAGCAACUGCUCUUCGCAUGGAGCCUCCCUGGCUGUGAUUGACUCCCUAGAUGACUUGAUAUUCAUGCUACGUCAUAAAGGGACACCUUACUACUGGAUUGGCCUUUGGAAGGAAACAAAGCAUCGCUGGAGAUGGACCAAUGGCACCAUAUUCAAUGGCCUGUUUCCAAUCAGAGGAGAGGGGGACUGUGCCUAUGUGAAUGAUGAUGGUGUCAGCAGCUCCAGGUGCUCCUCAAAGAGGAACUUCAUCUGCAGCCAGCCAGAUAAUUGUGCCAGAGGAAAGCCAAGCACCCUGAUGGAAGACACAGCACCAUAUGUGAUGUGAGGGACCAGUACAGAGUGUCCUGAGAGCCUGCAGUCUGUGCCCUGGUCAUCCUGCCUCCGACCCCUGCUGAGAACCUCAGUGACAAGGCCUGUAAACCAUAAUUUGCUACAAAGUGACCUCCUUGCCAGGCUGCUCAUUAGUCCUUUUUUAAUAAAAACAAAAAAAUUCAUCAUGCCUUUAAUAGAAGCAUGUGAUCCACACA